AUGCUGCUGCUGCUUUUCGGAGCGGUUCUUACUGUCAAUGGAGAAAACUCUCCAUGCAACUGUCCGGAUUCAAAAAUUAAUCACGUCUCCGCCAUUUCAUUCGGCAUUACACUUCUCUCUCCAUCCUAUUCCUCUGUUUACCUCAACAUCUCGGCUGAUUUCGGAGCUGUCAUUAACGAGCCUUCUGAACCCAUUUCUUUUGCCGAGAAUCACUACUACUGGGACAAUGAAUACUUCACUGCUAAUGAAUCCCACUUCACUGUCUGCAAUUAUCACAUUGCUUAUCAUAAUAAAGAAUUACGGAAGAUCAAGUAUAACGUCACUCAUCGCCCUUCAAACAUCACAUUUGGCUGCAAUUGGUAUCAAGAGUGUUGCGAAUUGGGAUGCUGUCUGAACAGUCUCAUACAAAUCGGCAUUCUGAUUUUGCUCUACACUGGAAUUGCUUUCAUGGCUGUCAUAUUCUGCGCCCAGUUAACACUCCGGUCGAACGACCAAAGAGGAGAAUUCCGGUCUCCUCCGAAUGUCAGACGCCACUAUCCAUGCCGUAGAGCCGCUGCAGAACGAACAGUGGAGAGCUACGUUCUCCAAGAGCUCGCCAUCAGAGAAGCACCGCCAGCGUACGAGGAAUUGUAUCCGAACGGAAGUCCGUAUGAAGAAGCUGGCCCGAGCACGAGCAACACAAUUCCACGGAUUGUUGUGAAUGCGGGUGAGCUGAUGGCAUUGCAUUUCAUAUUUAUCCUUUUGUUGAACUUCCUGAGAAAUGGUCAAUCAGCAGCAAGCUGCUGCGAUCGUUCAAGAUCUGGGUACGUGGAAUUCAGAUCUCUAACUGAGUUUCUCCGUAAAACAGACGUAAUCGAAAAACACUUCAACUACAACAACCAGACGGAUGUGUUCUACAUCAAUCACGACGCUACAAUUCUGUAUAACUCAAUCCACUAUUCUUUCGAUGACUUCUAUGAACAACAUGAGAACAGAACCAAAGUUUGCCUGUUUAAACUCUACAGACGCUACGAUGAGAUUGAACAUGUGAGCCAACAACAAAAAAUCGUAUUCCAAGACAUGUUUUUUUCUCGUUCGUAG